CCUACCGCGUCGCCGCUGGAGAGCGAGGAACAGGAGGGAGGUCUAUCUGUCGUGACAGCCCGACCGGUCGUUCUCCUAAAAACUUUUCCAAGUCUCGCUUGUGCCUGGAAGACGGAGAGAGUGUUUCAUCUGUGUUUUCGAUGCAUGGGAGUGCCCUGGGAGCGGCGAAGGGAGAAGACAGUGCCGGUGGUCCUGACUGUUCAGCAGGAUGAGUGAGGCAGAGGGUCAGUUCUACAGCGUUCAGGUGGGAGACUCCACCUUCACUGUACUCAAGCGCUACCAACAGCUGCGCGCAAUCGGCUCUGGAGCCCAGGGCAUCGUCUGCUCUGCUCUAGAUACAGUCCUGAGUAUACCUGUAGCUGUGAAAAAGCUGUGUCGGCCCUUCCAGAACCAGACCCAUGCGAAGCGUGCCUACAGGGAGCUGGUGCUGCUCAAAUGCGUCAAUCAUAAAAAUAUCAUCCGUCUGAUCAAUGUGUUCACGCCUCAGAAGUCCCUGGAGGAAUUCCAGGAUCUGUAUCUGGUGAUGGAGCUGAUGGACGCCAGCCUAGGCCAGGUGAUCCACAUGGACCUGGACCACGAGAGGAUGUCCUACCUGCUCUACCAGAUCCUCUGUGGCAUCAGACACUUACACUCUGCUGGCAUUAUCCAUAGAGACCUGAAGCCCAGUAACAUUGUGGUGAAGUCAGAUUGCACUCUGAAGAUCUUGGACUUUGGGCUGGCGCGGACGGCUUGCACUAACUUCAUGAUGACGCCCUACGUGGUGACCAGAUACUACCGGGCCCCAGAGGUCAUUCUGGGAAUGAAGUAUAAGGAGAACGUGGACAUCUGGUCAGUGGGGUGUAUCAUGGGAGAGAUGGUAAAGGGCAGCGUCAUCUUCCAGGGCACCGACCACAUUGACCAGUGGAAUAAGGUGAUUGAGGUUCUGGGCACACCCAGUCUGGAGUUUAUGAACCGACUGAUGGAGACUGUGAGGAACUACGUGAUGAACAAGCCACAGUAUCCUGGCAUCAGCUUUGCCGAGCUUUUCCCCGACUGGGCCUUUCCCUCUGACUCAGAGCAUGACAAACUGAAAACAGGUCAGGCACGGGACUUGCUGUCCAAAAUGCUGGUCAUUGAUCCUGAGAGCCGCAUCUCCGUAGAAGAGGCCCUCAACCACCCCUACAUUAACGUGUGGUACGACCCCUCAGAAGCAGACGCGCCUCCUCCCCAGAUUUCAGAUAAGCAGCUGGAAGAGAGAGAGCACACCAUCGAGCAGUGGAAAGAACUCAUUUAUGAAGAGGUGAUUGACUGGGAGGAGAGGAACAAGAAUGGUCUAAUGAAAGAAGAUUGCUCAGAUGCGGUGUUAGGUUCGGCCUCUCAGUCCUCUUCAGCCAACGACAUCUCGUCCAUGUCCAUGGAGCAAACCUUGGCCUCAGACACAGACAGCAGCAGCAUCGACACACUGACGGGACCGCUGGACGAGAGUCAGUGAACACAGUCCAUGGCCACAUCUGUCUGCCUGCCUCAGUUCCCACCUCCCAUUUACAGUAUCCAAAUAUCAAUCAAACAUCACCUUCCUUACUUCCGUUUACUACCUUCCUUCCCAUUUUGGAAUUUUCUGUCCUCAGCAUUUUUCUUCUUUCCUCUUUAACCUCAAUGAAUAGGUCUAUUUUUCUAUUUUCUUUCCCUGUGUAAUUUGGUGGAUCUUGUUGAUCCUCUUCGUCUUCUUUUUGGACUGCCGGCUAGAGGUCAAAGCUAUCUAUGCUACUUGUUGGGUCAAAGGUUUCUCUUUCUCUUCUUUGUGGAUAUCGAUUAACUUGAUCGUGUAUAUUGAUGUAGGCAUCCGUAUUGAUUUUUCAGGUUACCAUGAGUAAGGUGGAGGAUUGCUGUUUGUUCUGUAUGCCUGUAUUUUAAUAGUUUUAUUUUUUUAGCGAAUAUUAAGUUGAGACCAGAGGUUAUCGUCAUCAGAUUAGAGCAGACACGCACAUACACAGACCACGGCUACCAGCUGCUCGCAUGCAUGUUACGCCAGUAAGAACAAAAGCUUCCCACAAGUCCAUUGCACCAGCCGUCCGAUGUUCAUCUGAUGAUCAGACAUCAUCCAGACUUUGAUCGAUCCUUUAGCUAGCUCGCAGUAUUGCAGAUCUCCACAGCGGUGCAUUCUGCACAGUGUUUUUUUUUUUUUUAAUUAAGUAAUUGGCUUGAGUGAUGUGGAUUUUGAGCUUUUACUCCUGUCAGUUAGGGGAAGUUGUAGUUGCAGUGUUACAGUUUUAUUUCCUGAUAUAACGUACUGUAUGUAAAGAUGUCAAGAUCUGGCAUUCGUGGCUGUAGACCUUUUCAUAACAAAUACAGAAGAUAAGGUGUGCUUGUUUUGUUAAGAAAUUCAACAUAUCUAUAGAACUAUAUAUUGCAGUCAUCCCCAUUUGACAUAAGGUACUAACUAUCAAUGUGUACAUCAAAAGAACAUCGUGUUCCUAUAAAUUUGGGAGAGGCAAAAAGUUAUAUUUAUUUUUGUGUUCCUGCAAAAAGUUGCACACAAUCACACUGAGGCCCAUGGAA